GGGGAGAUUGGGAUGGGGUGGCUCAAGGUUCAGGAUGGCCUGAGCUUGGGAGGUGGCGACUGUUUACUUGAGACGUCCGACGCUGAGAUCGGGGGUGGAGGAUGUGCGGGAAGGGUCGGUUGAGGUCGGGGGCGGUCCGGACUCACACGUGGAGACGCUUCUCUUCCCGGAUUAGGUGGGUAGGAGGCAGCGGCGGGACGGUCCGGGAGUGGCAGACACCCAACCCUUUCCCUCCUUCCCCCAGCGCAGGAAGCAGCAUGGAUCCCCCGGCCACGUCCAAUGGCUCAUGCGAGAACACCACAAAGAUCGAUGGAAAUGCCGGGCCAGCCAUGAGCGCCGUCAUGUUCGGCGCCGGGGUGCUGGGCAACUUACUGGCCCUGGCCGCUCUCGCCGUCCACAAGCGUAAUUCCAGGAAUAAGAUGUCUCUCUUCUACAUCUUGGUGAGCAGUCUGAUCACCGUCGACCUAGUGGGGACACUGAUCAUCAGCCCCAUGGUGUUGACCGCCUACUCCCGGGGCCAGACACUGGUGGCUCUCCAGCUCUGCAACUACUGCGCCUUCGCCUUGGCUUUCUUCGGUCUGUCCUCGAUGUUCUUCCUCUUCACCAUGGCCCUGGAGCGCUGCCUGUCCAUCGGCUGCCCCUACUUCUACCAGCGGCACAUUAGCAACCGCUGCGGGCUGGUGGCCGUGCCCGCCAUCUGCAUCUUCUGCCUGCUCUUCUGCGCGCUGCCGCUGCUCGGCUUCGGACUCACCGCGCAGUAUUGCCCCGGCACUUGGUGCUUCAUCAAGAUGGGGGUUUGGGGAGCGGAGACCAAACACCGCGUCUACUCGCUGUCCUACGCCAUGCUGUUGAAGGUCCUCAUCGUCUCCACCCUCCUCUGCAACGCCUCGGUCAUCUUCAACCUCUGCCGCAUGUACCGGAGGCACAAGUCCCGCAGGCACUCCACUGUGGCCGGGGCAAAGCGGCGUGACUUCUCCCAGUCUGAGGAGGUCCAGCACCUGGCUCUGCUCGCCAUCAUGACCACCACCUUUGUCAUCUGCUCGGUGCCUAUCACGAUUCGUGCUUACAUCGGAGCAUUUUACGUUGUUGAAGACCGCGAAAGUGAUCUCCUGGCUCUCCGGUGUUUAUCUUUUAAUUCGAUAAUUGACCCGUGGGUUUUUAUUAUUUUCAACACAUCUACAUCUAAAAGGAUAUUGUCCAGGAUAUUGUGCUGUAAAUCCACUUCCAAUAGACAAUAUUCACAUACCACCACUUUCAUAAAGACUGAAACAAUCGCACCAGAACCACUUUUUGUCAGGCAUUCCUGAUACUUGAAUUAUGCUGAAGGUGUUUUCAAAAUUUUAAUAAUAACUCUUCUCUGUCCCUUUGAAUGAAAGAUGCACUUAGUAUCAUGUUACGGGAUUUGACAGAACAAUUUGCUUUUCACUAUUCAAAGGUUCAAAGGUUCUUUAUUAGUCACAUACACCAAUUGGUGUAGUGAAAUGUGCAUUGCCAAUGCAGCACAUAUAAAAAGAAUACAAACAUAACAAUAAUAAAGAAAUUCAAACAUAAAAAAUAUCCCCCCACAAUGGUUCCUACUGUGAGGGAAGGCACAAAGUCCAGCCCCCAUCCCCAUGUCCACUCAUAGUCGGGCCUAUUGAGGCCUCCGCAGUUGCCUUUACAGAGGCCCGAUGUUCCAGGCCCUCUCGCCGGAUGAUGGUGCUCCGGCAUUGGGAGAAUCCUCACAGCGGCAUGGAAUACGUGAAAUAAGAAGAAGAUUUAAAAUUAUGGGGAGAAGGCAAGAGAAUGGGGCUAAGAGGGAGAAAUAGAUCAGCCAUGAUUGAAUGAUGAGCAUUGAUGGGCCAAAUGGCCUAAUUCUGCUCCCUUCCCUUAUGAUCUUAUGAUCUCACACAAACCAUGAUCUCAUUCUCCGUCUCAGGAGGAUAUAAAUGUUUACACAGGGCCUGGACAGUACUUCCCGUGGUCUGUCCAAUGUUUGUAUUUAAACCAAUAACAUAAAAAUGGAUAAUCGUAUUAUUUCAUUCCUUUUUUUACAAUGCACUAUUUGGCAACCUCAAUUCCAGUGUUACUGCAAUUAUUACGCUUCAAAAGACAUUGAUAACAAAACUUUGGUUGUUCAGGGAUAUAUGAAAAACAGUAUUUAGAUGCAAGCUUGCUUUUAUUUGAUUGCACUCUGUGGAUUUUAAAUUGUGCCAAACCUUGAAACAGCUGUACAAUUGUAUGGAAUUUUACAAAGUUACACUCUAAAGUAGUAUAGUUUAGAGAUCCAGCAUGGAAUCAGUCCCUUUGGCCCAUGCUAACCAUCGACCAUACAUUCGAACAGGUUCAACAGCACAGGAAUAGGACCUUCAGCCCAAAUCGUCCACACUGACCAAGAUGCCCAUCUAAGCUAGACCCAUUUGGCCCAUAUACCUCUGAAUGGCUUGUCCCACUUGGCGAUUUUUUCGGCGACUACCGGCGUCAUAUCAGUCACCAAAAGACUUUGAAAAUUUCAAAAUCCAGCAGCGACAAAAAAAGCUGCGACAAUUGAAAAAACACCUUGCAUCAAUACAAGAUUCAAUAGAGUUUAUUGUCAUGUUUCCCAGAUAGGACAAUGGAAUUCUUGCUUUGCUUCAACACAACAGAAUAUAGUAGGCAUAAAUAAAUACAGAACAUCAGUGUGACCAUAUACCAUUGAAUAUAUAUAUAUACACACAAAAAUAAGUUGAUAAAGUACAAUAGGCUAUUAAUGUUCAGAGUUUUGUUUGAGUUAAGUUUAAUAGCCUGAUGGCUGUGGGGAAGCAGCCAUUCCUGAACCUGGAUGUUGCAGAUUUCAGGCUCCUAUACCUUCUACCUGAAGGCAGCGGGGAGAUGAGUGUGUGACCAGGAUGGCGUUGAUCCUUGAUGAUGCUGUCAGUCAUUUUUGAGGCAGCGACUGCGAUAGAUCCCCUCGAUGGUUGGGAGAUCAGAGCCGAUGAUGGACUGGGCGGUGCUUACUACGUUUUGUAGUCUUUUCCGCUCCUGGGCGCUCAGGUUGCCGAACCAAGCCACGAUGCAACCUACUGCUCGAUGCAACCAGAAUGCUCUCUACUGUGCACCUGUAGAAGUUCGAGAGAGUCCUCCUUGAUAUACCAACUCUUCGUAAUCUUCUCAGGAAGUAGAGGCGCUCAUGUGCUUUCUUUAUAAUUGCAUCAGUGCUCUCAGACCAGGAGAGAUCUUCAGAGGUAUGCACUCCCAGGAAUUUGAAGCUCUUGACCCUCUCCACCAUCGACACGUUGAUAUAAACGGGACUGUGGGCCCCCAUCCUACCCCUUCCAAAGUCCACAAUCAGUUCCUUGGUUUUGCUGGUGUUGGGAGCCAGGUUAUUGUGCUGGCACCAUUUGGUCAAACAGUCGAUCUCCCUUCUAUACUCAUCUCCAUCAGUGAUACGUCCCACAACAGUGGUGUCGUCAGCAAACUUGAUGAAGGAGUUUGCACCAUGACCGGCUAAGCAGUCAUGAGUAUAGAGUGAGUACAGCAGGGGGCUGAGCACGCAGCCUUGAGGUGCUCCCGUGCUGAUUGUUAUCGGCUGACACAUUUCCACCAAUACGGACAGACUGUGGUCUGUGAAUGAAGAAAUCACGCCGCGUCACGCCACAAAUGUUUCGGUGACCUGAUACGUCAGUCAAUGAUGCCGGCAGUCGCCGAAAAAAUCGCCAAGUGGGACAGGCCCUUAAACCUUUCCUCUCCACGUACCUUUCCAAAUGUCAUUUAAAUGCCGUCAUUGUACUUUCUUCAACUACUUCCUCUGGCAGGUCGUUCCAUAUACUCACCACAGUCUGUGUGAAAUAAUUGCCCCUCAGACUGUUGUUAAAUCUUUCCUCUCUCACCUUAAACCUAUGUGCUCACUGUCUAGAAUGUUCUUUUAAAUAGUGCCAUGGGAUUGACAACACCCACGCAAACAGUCAGGAUCUUUGAGUGGUUCGGUAAAUUCUUUGAUCUUCUUCUAUUGGUGGGUCUUUGGCUCAGUUCUAAUCUCAGGUUUUCUGGUAUUUGUGAGGAGAAGGAGGCAAAUCUUAUUAUUGACUAACAGAUGCUUUUUCCAAACAGAUAUAAAUGUGACUUUCACCACGCAUGACAAAAUUGCAUUUGUCUCAAAAGAAAAAUGUCAGAUUUAUUUUGUAUGUAUUGUAUAAAUCUUUAAAUGUUAAUUUAAUGUCCAUGCAAUGUUGAAUUGAAACUGAUUGAUCCUUACAUUCAGAUCACUGUCAUACCCUGAUGUUAAUAAUUUUUAAUUUAAUUGAUGAUCUUUGUUAAGCAGUUUACAAUAUUUAAAUUAAAAUAUUCUUUUGAAGCUGGGCACAUAAUAAUUAGUUAUAAGGAACAGUAGAUGCUGGAUUCUUGAGCAAAAAAACACAAAAUGCUAGAGUAACUCAGCGGGUCUGGCUCCAUGUCUGAACAGCUGAAUUACUCCAACACUUUGUGUUUUUACAUAACAAUUCAGGUUUUAAAAGAAAUUUUGACCUUGGUAUUGGGACAUUUCAUUGCAUCCUGUUAUGCAUCUAGUUUUGAUUUACUGGCCAGUCAGGUAUGCAGUGGUUCAUUCUGUUUGGAAUGUUAUGUGCUCGAGAAAAUCCUACCCUACAACUUUGCCAAAUGACAAUUGGUUACAAUAAAAAUGCAUUUUAAACUCAUCUCCACAUUUAAACUGACUUCUGCCAGAAUUGCCAAAUGAUGUGUUUGAGUUUGGUGGUGACAGUGAUAAUAAUCUUGAUUCAUUGAUGAAAGCUUUUCUGCACUUACUGGAUGUAUCUAUGCACAAAAUACUCUGAAAUGGAGACCAACUACACAGCUGAUAAUCAUCACUACAGUGUUAAAAAUUCUAUAUGCUAUAAAAAUAACUUCUAAAAGUGCAUUUGUAUUCGACAUAAAUUCAUUCUCUUACCGUUAAAAUGUCUCACUAUGCUUGAUGAUAAAUCGACAUGAACAUUUUUAAAUGAAAAAUUGUUACUCUUAAAUUGUACAAAGGUUUGAAAGUAAUUUUUCAAAUAUGCCUUGGAACUUCAUUUACAGUGUGGCAAGAUUCAGAGAGAAAACAAGGGCUUCUUAAAAUAAUUACAUUAGUGAAGAUAUCACUUAGUUUUGUACAGUAAUUGUAAAAUUAAAAUAUUAUUUUAGGAUCAGAUUUUUUCUCUUGGACCAAGUUGAUGAAAUUAUCCUAUACAUAUGCAUCUCAUAACACAUUUUAAAUGUGAAGCUGUGCAGUAAUUAACUUUACUGGAAUCUAUGUACUCGUAGCACACCAGCUUAGAGGUCUGUCUGUCAUACAGACAAACUAUGAAUAUUAUUGUUCUACCAAAGUAACCCUACAGUUCCAUCAAUGUAUAUGAUUAAAGCCAUGCAAAGAAUAUGUAUGUAUUUCCAACUGUGUUUUUGUAAUAUUUCACUAAACAACAUUUUUCUAAUAAACAUACAGGACAUCGGAUUUCGUCUCUUUUUUUCUAUGCUCUCCCAGGAAAUAGAGAAA